CACUCCCUCGCUCACUUUCUUUUGUUUUUAAAAUUUUUUUCUCUCUCUUUUUUCAUAGAAGUAAUAAAGGGCAAGAAAGGGUAGCAAGUAAACCAACAUAAGCUAAAGAAGAUAAGAAACAAAAACAAAAAGGCUGCUCCACAUUAAGGAGGAAAACUUUGCGCAAAGAGAGAAGCCAAAGCCAAAGCUACUUCUCUUUCUUUUUUCUUCUUUGUUUCUUUCUUGUUCAAGGAAUAUGGAGGAGGUAUUCCGGUGGUUGAAGCUGGUUGUCAUAUCAUUCAUGGUAUCAGUUUUGGUGUUAAAAGUGGUAGUGUUGCUUUGGUGGAGACCUAGGAAGAUUGAAGACCAUUUCUCAAGGCAAGGAAUCAGGGGACCUCCUUACCAUUUCUUCAUUGGAAAUGUAAAGGAGCUUGUGGGCAUGAUGUUAAAGGCUUCUUCUCAGCCUAUGCCUUUCUCUCACAAUAUUCUCCCCAGAGUUCUCUCUUUCUACCAUCAUUGGAAGAAAAUCUAUGGUGCAACAUUUCUUGUUUGGUUUGGUCCUACGGUUCGCCUCACAGUCUCUGACCCUGAUCUCAUUAGGGAAAUCUUCACUUCCAAGUGUGAAUUCUAUGAAAAGAACGAAGCCCACCCUCUUAUUAAACAGCUUGAAGGUGAUGGCCUGCUUAGUCUCAAAGGUAAAAAAUGGGCUCAUCAUAGAAAAAUCAUAACCCCCACUUUCCAUAUGGAGAAUCUCAAAUUGCUAGUGCCAGUGGUGGCACAAAGAGUAACUGAUAUGAUAGACAAAUGGUCAGCAAUGUCAACCAGCUCCGGUGAGAUUGAAAUUGAAGUUAGCGAGUGGUUUCAGACCCUCACCGAAGAUGUCAUUACGCGUACCGCCUUCGGCAGCAGCUAUGAAGAUGGAAAGGCCAUUUUUCGUCUACAAGCCCAACAAAUGGUGCUUGCCGCCGAGGCAUUUCAAAAAGUUUUCAUCCCUGGCUAUAGAUUUUUUCCGACAAAGAGGAAUAUAAGUUGUUGGAAAUUGGACAGGGAGAUUAAGAAGUCGUUGAUGAAGCUAAUAGAACGCCGGAAAAAGAAUUCGGGGAACAUAAUGCAAGAGAAUGGACCGAAGGAGUUGCUAGGAUUAAUGAUGCAAGCCUCUAAUUCAAGUCCAAAUAUCACUGUCCAUGACAUAAUUGAAGAGUGCAAGAGCUUUUUCUUUGCGGGCAAACAGACCACAUCCAAUUUGCUGACAUGGACGACUGUUCUUCUAGCAAUGCACCCACAGUGGCAGGUGCAAGCACGUGAGGAGGUGCUAAGGGUGUGUGGAUCACGUGACAUACCCACCAAAGAUGAUGUUGUAAAGCUUAAGACGCUGACUAUGGUUUUAAAUGAAUCCCUGAGAUUGUACCCACCAACAAUAGCCACAAUUAGACGGGCCAAAGCUGAUGCAGAGCUAGGGGGUUACAUGAUCCCUCGUGGGACCGAGCUUUUGAUACCAAUCUUGGCCGUUCAUCACGAUCAAGCCAUAUGGGGCAGCGAUGCUAAUGAGUUCAACCCGGCUCGGUUCUCCGAGGGCGUUGCACGUGCAGCGAAACAUCCUGUUGGGUUUAUCCCAUUUGGCCUUGGCGUCCGUACUUGCAUUGGGCAAAACCUAGCCAUUUUGCAAGCAAAGUUAGCCCUUUCUAUCAUACUUCAACGCUUCUCCUUUAGGUUGGCCCCAACUUAUCAACAUGCACCGACGGUUCUGAUGCUACUUUAUCCACAAUAUGGAGCACCAAUCAUCUUUCAACCUCUGUCUGAAUCCACUGUUCCUCGGAGAUGAAGGGUUUUGAUUUGAUCCCAUCUCGUAUAAGUACCUAACUCUUGUGUGUGCCUGCGCGAAUGCUAGUAAGUCGAGUGACCCCAAAAAUACCCAUCUCUAUUGUUGCCUUUAAAGCAUGAGAUCGUUGAAAAUUAGAGAUAUUUUGCAAGGAAAAGAAGAAGAAAGAAAAAGUUGUCGUCUCUACAUAUCUUGCCAAUUGCCUUCGGCUUUUGCUAGAACUGACCCCCCUCCCCCAAAAUCCCAUGGUCGUAGUUUUUUCUCACCAAAAAAGUGUUUUUUGCCCUUUGGCUUUGGAAUCUCUGCUUCAGUUUCUUCAGGAUUUAGGCAAAUGGCUAACAGAGUAGAUAGGUUUCUUCAUAUCCCUUUGUCUCUACAAUAUGUAUGUAAUGUAUAUUUGCAACACAGUUUUGUAAUA